UUUUAAUAGAGACCUACGUUGUUUGGGGGGGGUAUAGUUUUCCUUUAAAGUGUUUGUUUAUGCUUUUUCAAACUGCCCGCGCUGGGACUACAACUUCCGCCCUUACUUGCGGCUCAGCUGAAGCUGGAACACAGAAGAGCAGCAGAGGGGAAGCCGCUGUGUCACAUGAUAAUGGGGAAAGCUAGAGAGAAGUAAGAGCGGGCAGGGGCGGGGCUACAGCUGACAGUAUGACAGCCUGGGCGAACAAAAGCUCCAGAGAGAGAGAGAGAGAGCUGCGAUAGCCUGACACAGGCAAACAGUUACAGCCGGAGAAAGUGACUAAGGCUCAGUGAGACAGCAGGGAGGAGGGCCCACAGGCAUCCUGAUUUGAGCCAGAUGGGAUUAUGGGAGAUGGAGUCUGCUGAGGGGAUGUGAGGAAAUCUCAGCCCUGACACAAGAGCCCUGGCAGCCGCUCCUGAGGCUCAUCAGCACAUGAAUAGGCUCCGCUAGCCAGAAAGACAACAGAGACUGUGGAAUUUCAGCCAAACCCUGCCCUGGACUGACAGAAGGAGAGGGAAUUCCAAGGAUACCAUGGAGCCUGGGUGUGUGUGAGACUAAUAAGGAUGGGCUGUCAGACUUGAUUCUGAUCUUGCUGCCUGUACCCUAUACAAUGCACAAUCUCUUUGCUUUCCUAUUCCUGCUCCUGAGGACUGAGCUGUGCACCUCGUUUCCUCGGAUUUUACUGGCGACCGAAAAUGGCUCCAUUGAACUCUCCGAUGCCCUCACUGUGAUUCCGAGCGCCGACCAGUCCUUAAAUGCGUCCGCUGUAUCCGCCACACCCACCCCACCUAUCUCCAAGUCCUUGGAUCAUUCCCCUCCCACUGCCCCAGCCCCUGGUUUCUUGCAGAUAGGCGAUGGACGCUGCUUGCUGUUCGAUUUUCCAGAGCACAGCGAGGGAGUCAUCGUGAUCAGCUCCGGAUCGGCGGCUCAUAACUCAGACCUCACUGUGCUCUCGCUGGACACCUCGGUGCUUAAAGUCUUGAACGUGAGUCGUGGGACGGGAGGAUUGCCUGGUUACUUCUUGGCACACAUAUACUCAGGGAUGCCGGGCACAGCCCCCCUUCAUAUGCAGCUGAAGCUGCUUGGAUCCCAACUGGAGGAAAGAAAGGACUUUGCCAUACAUGUUGUCCCAAAUGAUGAUGCGGAGUAUGUGGGCACUGCAGCUAGUCAUUUUUCUGAGAGCCCUCUCCUCUUUGCUCUGCUCCCCCUCCUACUUAUCAACAAGUGUGCCUUUGGAUGCAAAGUGGACGUGGAAGUGUUAAAGGGCCUGAGACACCAACCCCACCCUAUAAUCCUUGGAAUUGUAGGACAGUUUGUGUUGAUGCCCUUGUAUGCAUACCUUCUCUCUCUCCUUUUAGGUCUCUCCCAGCCUCUAGCGUUUGGGCUGGUUGUUACAUGUUCCUCUCCAGGUGGUGGUGGAGGUUACCUCUAUAGCCUUCUACUAGGUGGUGAUGUUACCUUAGCUAUAUCAAUGACAUUAAUUUCUACGGUGGUUGCGGUGGGUUUAAUGCCCCUCUCCUCGUCUCUGUAUGGACAUUUUCUUGGUGUACAUCAAACGCUUCACAUUCCUUUCUUGAAGAUUGUUGGCACUCUGCUUUUCAUAGCUAUUCCAAUUUCAACUGGCAUGGUGAUAAAGUGGCGUUUUCCCAAGGUGUCCCGGCUCCUCCUCCACGUUAUCAAGCCUUUUAGCGUCCUGCUGAUGAUCGGAGGUCUAUAUAUGGCCUACCAGAUGGGUUCUUCUCUUCUCAGUCAAGUGCCCCCUAUAUUGAUUGUAGCUGGGAUAAGUGUUCCAUUAGUGGGCUUGCUGGUAGGCUACCUUAUGGCCACUUGCCUUCGCUUACCCAUCGCCCAGCGGAGGACAGUCAGCAUAGAAGUUGGGGUGCAGAACAGUCUGCUGGCCUUGGCCGUUCUACAGCUUUCACUUCAUCGAGCCGAGGCUGAUCUUUCUUCACAAGCGCCGUUCCUAGUGGCCCUCAGCGGGACUUCAGAAAUGCUAUUAAUUGUUCUUUUGCACUCGGUCUAUGGAAAACUCAGAGAUUGCCACUAAUGGGGGAAACAAGACUAUGCCCCUCUGCUUCGAAGCAGUCCUUUCAAUGCCGCAUAUAAUUUAUUUGCAUUCCUGUUUAUUUCCUGCUUCGCUUCUACAUUGACAUUGCGGUUUGUAAAGAUUUAGGGCAAUCUAAAAACAAUCCCUUUACAUUCUUAGGAAAUAUUGUGAAUGUUUACACCAAUUCUGUUUGUCUCUGUUUUUUUAAAACAGAGCUUCACCUUGCAGUUAACAUUACGUAGACUUUCGUUUAUGUAUGUAAUAGAAAUAUUUGCAGCUCUCAACAGCCAUAAAAACUGGGAUAUUAACUUGACUGCCAGGAACAAGGAUAGAAAGAUAAGCAAUUCAUUUAAUUUAAGUAAAAAAAAACAGGCCCGUUUCAGAUUCUGGAGGGGUCACCGACCCUAGCAACAGGUAGUGUUCAUAGUUUUGCUUUGGAGAGAUGCAAAAAAAAUUAAAAAAAUGUAACUUCCCCUUUAAGCUACUUGCUGUUUUAAUUGUUCCAUCUUUUACUGUACCUCCAGGGAUGUGGCGGUUACCAAUAAUAAUUAGACAUUAUAUUCAGCAUCCCUUAUGUCUUAAUACUGUAAAAUAACAUGAAGCAUCAGAGUUGUUAGUAGCAGGUUUGUGGUCUCCCACAGGGGGUUCAGAUUUAAGGGAAUUAUUUCACAGCAAACCGUGCCUCGUGCUUAAGUCAUUCAGAAAGCGUUUAUGCCUGUUACUUUAGCCAUUCCAUUCAUAAAACCUGAAGCCAAAGUCCUGUGAUCAGUAAGCUUGCACUGAGGGGAAAACAGCUAUUUUUAUAGGGUUGUUUUAUAUUGGAACGGGAAAUAAAACAUUCUGGUCAAUUAAAAUAAAGAAAGUUUAAGUUCU